UUAUUGAGAAAUGGUGGCGAGCUAGUGGUUACCGUACUCCCACCCAAAUCCAUCUGUCUACAUUUUUCUUCUUUCCAUAACCAAAUGGACGUGUUCUCCUCAGAACACGGUUUUGCUUAUGAACUACAAGUACAAGUUGAAAGAAUAUUUGGUUCUGUGGUAGCAAUCUGUGUAAUUUGGUGAAACUAGUUUUAUCCACCAUGAACUUGGGGUUUCUUGGUAACCUCCCUUGGCUUAAAGCUGAAUUGAACACAGAUCCGGCGACCAAUUCUGUUCCUAUCAAAGCUGUUACUGAACAACCUAAGCAAGAAGAAUCUAGUAACGAUUCGAAAUUGUCCUUCCUUUCAUUGUUUCCAUGGGCAAAUAGUGCUGGAGAUAAGUUUCGAAGACCAUCUACUAUCAAUAAAGAGUUAAAGAGGCAUGCACAAAGUCAUAGGAAUGUUGUAGAGAAAGACCGUGAGGCUAACCCUCCACGUUUCCGGCCAUAUGUGUGUAAGGUUCCAUGGCAUACAGGGGUUAGAGCAUUUUUUUCUCAAUUGUUCCCUAGAUAUGGACAUUACUGUGGACCAAACUGGUCUAGUGGAAAAGACAAAGGAUCUCUUGUUUGGGACAGGCGACCGAUUGAUUGGUUGGAUUUCUGUUGUUAUUGCCAUGAUAUAGGGUAUGAUACUCAUGAUCAAGCUAAGCUGCUGAAGGCUGACUUAGUCUUUCUUGAGUGUUUGGAGAAGCAGCAUAUGAGUACUAAAGGAGACCCUCAUGUUGCUCUUCUUUACAAGACAAUGUGCAUUAAUGGUCUUAAGAAUUUUCUAAUACCUUACAGAAGGCAUGUUGUGAAUCUACAACAGUCUGGACGACCCAUGAUUCAGUUUGGAUGGUUAAGCAAUUUGAGAUGGAGAAGUUGGAACUUUCAGAAAACUCAGAGAUUAAGUUGAGUGGGGAAAAUUGUGAAUUUCGUCAAAUUUUUAAUGUAUGUGGCCGUGAUCCCCCAAAUCUUCCAAGUUCCUUUCUUUGAAACUUCUAUUUGGUAGAGCAUGCUUCCAAUUGUCAUGGUUUCCACAUUUUGUACAGACAAUAUUCUGUGCAUAGCUUAUUUUGUAAAUUGUAACCUUUAGUGUUAUGUAUUCUUCCUUAGCAAGAUUGCCUGCGUUGGUUGGUAUAAGAUAUUGAUGCCAAUAAGCAAAUGUGUUAUAAUGAAAAUCAUUAGGUUGUGAAUUGUGACUUGUCACUUUGUUCAUUUAUAUUUUCAGCCUGUGUUUAUACCAUGUGUAGUUUGGUGCUGAUGUAGAAAAAAGGGAUUGUAUUAUAAUAGAAAAGUAAAGUGUUCUUUAUCGUGUGAAAAGCAAAUACUUUUUCAGAUGAAAGAGACAGUUAUAAACUCAAGUUGUGAACAAUGUUAUGCUUGUUGUGUAAGCAGUUGUAUUAAAUAUCAGUAUAUGACAUGCCGUGAAGCAUCAUGUUGUAUUUUGGCGUAUAUUGGUUUUGGGAGGAGGGAGGUGAUGGCAAAAGGUGGCAGGAGGUGCUUUAGGGGGUACACCAAAUCCAUUUUGUGCUAGAUUUGGUGUGUUGUGAUUCUGCUGAUAAAACCAUUCAACUUAGAAGAGGUGUGCUUGUAGACCAAAACAAAGAGGUGCUUUUUUUAAGAAUAAUUUUCCACGUGGCUUGAGAAUCAGAAAGAGACUAAAUAAGUUCAUUAAUUGAUUUGUUGCUAAUUUAGAUUAUUCUGAAAAGGUACAGCUAUUUGAUUCUAAUAUUUGCGAUUUGUUAUUGAUAGGAUAAUGUAUAGUUUCAUUUUAUAGAAGUAGAAAAUGAAGACUUCAU